UUCUUCUUCUUCUUCUUCUUCCAUUCUCGAGCUCUCCACAAGAUCAUCGACCCUAGAAGGGAUAUCAUACGACUGCAAUACAAGCACGUAUCUUAGGUAUUCAACCAUUUCUCUCGUCUUCGAUACAGACUGUAGGUUUCUUAAAAGGUGCGCAAGUUUUAUCGUGCUGUUUCUCUCAUCACCCGAUCUUUCCUCUUCAAGUUCUUGUCGAAGCCCUAUUCCGGAUUCUAGGAAACAAAGAUAUAGCUGAUUCUAGGCGAGGAGGCACAUUCACGGAUCAACGCAAAGUGACACUCGGCGGUCGUCAAGUUUAAACAGUUUAUUAAUCAUGGCUAGGAAAAUGCUAAUUGACGGGGAGCUAAACAAAUCUAAUGAAGAGGAGGCCCACUACGACUUUGAUUUGUUUGUAAUUGGGGCUGGAAGUGGUGGUGUUCGUGCUGCUAGAUUUUCAGCUCAGUAUGGAGCUAAGGUUGGUAUUUGUGAGCUUCCAUUUCAUCCAAUCAGCUCAGAAGAACUUGGAGGAGUUGGAGGAACGUGUGUCAUUCGCGGUUGUGUCCCAAAGAAGAUUUUGGUUUAUGGUGCAUCUUUUGGGCCAGAACUUGAGGACGCCCGAAAGUAUGGAUGGGAGCUAAAUGAGAAGAUCAAUUUCAAUUGGAAAAACCUUUUACAUAAGAAGACUGAAGAAAUAAUCAGAUUAAAUGGAAUUUACAAGCGGUUACUUUCAAAUGCUGGGGUUAAAUUGUAUGAAGGAGAAGGAAAGGUAGUUGGUCCUAAUGAAGUUGAGGUGACCCAACUUGAUGGUACUAAAUUAUGCUAUUCAGCAAAACACAUACUUAUUGCAACCGGCAGCAGAUCUCAUCGUCUGGAUAUACCUGGGCAGGAGUUAGCUAUAACUUCUGAUGAAGCCUUGAGCUUGGAUGAGUUACCAAAGCAUGCUGUUAUACUUGGCGGAGGGUACAUUGCUGUUGAAUUUGCUUCAAUAUGGCGUGGAAUGGGCGCUAUGGUGGAUCUGUGUUUCAGAAAGGAACUUCCAUUAAGAGGUUUUGAUGAUGAAAUGAGAGCAGUCGUUGCCAGAAAUCUUGAAGGCAGGGGAAUCAAUAUGCAUCCCGGGACAACUUUGACGAAGUUGGUUAAGACAGCAGAGGGGAUAAAAGUUCUCACAGACCAUGGUGAAGAAAUAGUGGCUGAUGUGGUACUCUUUGCAACUGGCCGGCUUCCUAACACAAAGAGGUUGAAUUUGGAAGCUGUAGGUGUUGAGCUUGACAAGACAGGAGCUAUAAAGGUAGACGAGUACUCUUGCACAAAUAUACCAAGCAUAUGGGCUGUUGGCGAUGUUACAAAUAGAGUGAAUCUUACUCCUGUGGCCCUAAUGGAAGGAACGUGCUUUUCAAAAACUGUUUUUGGCCAGCAGCAUAGCAAACCUGACUACAACUGCGUGCCUUGUGCUGUAUUCUGCAUACCGCCUCUUUCGGUAGUUGGACUCAGUGAAGAACAAGCUAGAGAGCAAGCAGAGGGUGAUAUUUUGAUUUUUACAUCAACAUUUAAUCCUAUGAAGAACACCAUCUCAGGACGACAAGAGAAGACAAUUAUGAAGCUUGUUGUUGAUGCUGAAACAGAUAAAGUUCUUGGAGCAUCCAUGUGUGGGCCAGAUGCGCCUGAGAUUAUACAGGGCAUUGCAAUUGCACUCAAGUGUGGAGCAACUAAGGCACAGUUUGAUAGUACGGUUGGCAUACAUCCUUCUGCUGCAGAGGAGUUCGUCACCAUGCGUACAGUGACAAGGCGUAUUCCCAAAGCAAAAACAAAUCUUUAAAUAUGAAAUAGCUAAGAGGUAGGGUAAUAGAGAAGUUACUUCUGGUUGCAAGAGGAACUAUUGUUAGAAAGGGUAUUUGUUUCAUUGGAAGUGUAGUUUUGGCUGAAUAAAAAGCCGUCACAGUACCUUGAUGGAAAGCGAAGUUUCUUUAGGCAACUUCAGUGUAUUUUGAAGAAGUUCUAUUGCCCUUUUUGCAUGGAGCUGAAUAAUCGCUCUCUACUAUUUUUUUUUUCA